AUGGCAAUAUUUCGAAGUUUGCCUCAGCCUUUGACACAUGCCCCGCGUUGCACUGGGACGGAAACUGCUCUGUCUGGCUGCCCUGUCACGGCAGUCACGUGCACUAAUAACCCUGCUGACGUAGUGUUCCUGGCCUGUUCAGACUACAAGAGACGGUGCCACUAUAACGAGUUCACAUGUGACAAUGAGAGGUGUAUUCCUCUACAGGAUGUCUGCGACUUCACUGAUCACUGCGGGGACAAAUCAGACGAGAGGAAUUGUUCGAGUUACGCAGGGCGAUGCGACUUUGAAACAGACUUUUGUAACUGGUUGAACCUUGCCAAUGAAAAGUUAAACUGGACGAGAGUACGUGGUGACCUAUCUGCUCAGCAGGGCCCGAGAGGUGAUCAUGGCGGAGACAGAUAUAGCUAUUACCUCACGCUUCAAGGCAAUGCCAAAGAGACCGGUUCAAUCGCUUUGUCUCAGAGAAUAAUUCCAUCUUCCUGCACGUUGUCCUUCUACUGGUUCAAAACUGCAGUAUCAGAUCGCAUCACAAUAAGGGUCAAGCGCACGGAUGCCUUGACCUAUCCUGUACCGUAUGGACAUACGGUAAAGCGUGGGGAAUGGGCAUUUGUCAGGGUCAAUAUAUUCCCUGCACAUUAUGAUUGGGCUACUCCGAGUACUGUCGUGAUCAUAGAUGGCGCUCUAGGCACAGCAAGUAGAGGCAUUUACCUGGAUGACAUUACGCUGUCUCCUGAAUGCAGGCUAGCCUUGCCUCCACCCACGUGUUCUGCCCGAGACUUCAGAUGUGGUAGCGGGGAAUGCAUUUCCGAGGAUAAAAUCUGUAACUAUGAUAAAGACUGUAUUGACGACUCUGAUGAGGCAAACUGCGCUGGAUGGUUAAGAUGUGACUUUCAAACUGAUUUCUGUGGCUGGUCAAACGCUGUAAGCCAGGAUAAUUUUGACUGGACUCGGCACUCCUGGGCCACAUCAACAGUCUACACAGGACCUAGCUACGAUCACACUCUGAUGAACAACCAGGGAAAAUAUAUUUACACGGAGGCUUCAGUUCCUCGUCAAAGUGGCAAUAGAGCCGUCCUGAGGAGCCAAAUAUUCACUGUUAGCGGUCUGUGCAAGAUGCGCUUCUUUUACCACAUGUAUGGAAACAACAUGGGGAACCUAAGCGUCAGUGUACAAAACAGAGACCGUCUUACUCAAGUAGUCCAGAAGUGGAGCAUGGCCGGGAACCAAGGGGACAGGUGGCACUUUGCUGCCGUGGAUCUAAGAACUACCGGUAUUGCACGGUUCCGGGUCCUGUUAGUUGGUACAGUGACGGGGUUUCCGCGGAGUGAUAUAGCUGUCGAUGACGUAUCUUUCACCCCUGGAUGUACACUUGCUGCAGGUACAGAGGUCCGCCCCAAGGGAUAUAUCCGACUCCGAGGAGGCCCCGUGUCUAAUGCCGGGAGAAUAGAGAUCUAUCAUGACGGGAGCUGGGGUACCGUCUGUGAUGACGGUUUCGACCAGGCUGAUGCAGAAGUAGUGUGUAGAGAAUUGGGUUACAUUGGCGCCGUGUUCCCCAAAUUAAACAGUUUUUACGGUCCUGGAAGAGGUAAUGUAUGGCUGUCUGAACUGCAGUGCUCAGGACAGGAGCUUUUUAUCAGAGCGUGUACCCAUUCAGGUUGGAACGCCAGGACAUGUGAUUACACAACCCACAGUGAAGACGCAGGAGUCGUCUGUGACACUGCAGGAUCAGUUGGAAUGGUGCGAUUAUCGCACGGGGAAACAUUCACUAGAGGGCGUUUGGAAGUGCACUAUGGUGGAAAAUGGGGUGUCGUCUGUGCAGGGUCAAGAGACAUUAACAUCGUUACCAACGUUGCACUUGUCGUCUGCCGGCAACUUGGACACAGGAAUGGGGUUGUCUUGGCGGGGAGAAGCGUCCCCUCUGACGGUGCUGUCCUCUCCGGGCUUUUAUGUGUGGGUAAUGAAAGAGCGAUAACAGAAUGCAGACACGAUCCAUACGGAAGUCCAUCAGUAACCUGCUUUGAUAGUUCUGCUCUUUGGCUGUCUUGUGACAAGGAUACCUUGCCACUGGUCGGCUCCUUAAGGCUGGUAGGAGGAAAUACAUUAAACGCCGGGAGACUAGAGAUUUACCUUAAUGGACUAUGGAACUCUAUGUGUUCCAACAUCUGGACCGCUUAUAGGGCAGCAAACGCCCAAGUCGCCUGCACCCAGUUAGGGUUUGCUUUUGCGUCUGAGGAACUGACCACAGAGUUUGGACAAGGGACAGCGGUUGUUCAUUUCCAAGAGCUUCGCUGUGCCGGUUUAGAGAACAGCAUACUUGAUUGCAGUCCACCCACAAGUCACUCCCAGUUUUCCUGGUGUCCCCAUGUUGGAAUUGUUUGUGAAGGCCGCCAUUUUCCCAAUAGCACACGCCUAAACGAUGGCCAGAUAGCAGACAGUUUUGAAGGGGUGUUAGAGGUAUUUGAACGGGGGCAAUGGCACACUGCGUGCACAGAGAGGUUUAACGAGAACAUGGCGGCUGUCGUCUGCAAAGAAAGGGGUUAUGCAAAGUUUCUCGCCUUCCACUCUUUCCCUGUUGCUCCUUCGGCCGAUGUGUACAUAACAAAGGCAGAUUGCACAGGUAAUGAGACUCGCCUCAGCCAGUGUCCCCACCAUGGUUGGAUUCGAAUGGUGGACCAAUGUAUGCAGUUCAGAGGUUUUAUAUGCUACAGACAGCCACUAUCACCUGAGAAAGACACAUCCGCACUAGGAGUGUCAGGCGGUUGCGGUUCCGAUGGCGGAACGUCAAGCGGGAACGGCAGUAUGGGCUGGCUACAGACGCCGCUUUUCAGAAGAAAGUACUAUGACAACAACGUUCUCUGCAAAUGGGCAAUUGUUGUGCCCGUGGGAUACACCAUUAACCUGCAGUUUGAUGUUGAUUCGGUGACAGAGUCAUGUUGCGAUUCUGUCAAAUUGUUCAAGGAGUUGGAGGGUUCCGUUACUCUCCUUAGAAAUCUUGCAGGUCGACUACCGAACAGUAAGCUCCAUGUCAAUGCUAAUAUCAUAUUGGUGGAGUUCUCAAGUGAUGCAUCAAUGGGUGCAAUGGGUUUUCGCUUAUGGUACAGAGCUGUUCCACCUUAUACAACCACUUCAACCACGACAACGACACCAAGGCAACGUGCCCCAGCAGGUACUGUUGGUUAUAGAGCUGACACGGUAGUGGUGGCCGUAGUGGUCCCUGUAGUUGUGCUGGCAGCAGCAGGGAGUAUAGCAUACGGGUUGUUUUGUUUUUGUAAGAUGAAGAGAGAGCGGAACAGUCGUGAUAGGUUCAGCAGUCUGCGUAAUCUACGCAACAAUGAAGUAAGACCACCGGCUGCGUGCAGUUCUGCCAGUCAACUUGCCCCGCCCCCAGUGACGUCUCAAGCCCCGCCUCCAUAUAGCAGUCUCUCUUUUAAAGCCGCUGAAGACCACGUAUACACGGAUCUCGACAACGGUUACGUCAUUCUGCAAGGUCAAGAUCAUUCCGCCAGUUUUCAUCGGGAUGGCAACCCUAAACGAGAGUCAGAUACCAUAGAAAACUUCUGCACGCAGACACCCCCUGCUGCAACUAAUUUUCCACAACGCAAUGACCGUGUGUGUAAUGUAGCAUUUUCUGGGGACAAUAAUGAAAGGAGUGGCGUUUCUGACCUACCAGAUAUACAUAUUCGUCAACAUGGCGGAACCCCUGGACAUGACAUCCCUAAACAAUUUUUGUGUCCAAUCAAAGGAGAUCUAAUGAAAGACCCUGUAAUCGCGAGCGAUGGUAUCACAUACGACAGAGCGGCUAUAACACACUGGCUAAGUGGGAGCAGGAUUUCCCCUGUUACAGCAAAUGCUAUGGCAGAUACGAACUUGACACCAAACAAUCAGCUGCGCGAAAGUAUCGCAACGUGGCGUCUUGGAAACCCUGAAAUCCAGGGAAGUUACAUUUCACUGAACUCUCGACCUUGUACACCUAUGGCUGAUGUUGAAGCUUAA